GGAUUCGGGUACGAUCCGAGAUCUAGGGAUUUCAAAGUGGUCAGGGUUGUGAAUUUCGUGGAAGGACCUGGAUUCUUCCACCCUCCGAGAGUGGAAGUCUACGAUUUGGGGAAAGAUCGAUGGAGAGAAAUCAAAACCCCUGUUUGUGGCCACGUUUUCUGGGCGCCUUCGUUCGAUAUGUAUCACGAAGGAAUGUAUUACUGGUGGGCGGACGCCGAGGGAGGGAGUGAAAUCAUCCAGUCGUUCGACAUGAGCGAGGAGGUUUUCCGGCCGAUUCCGGUGCCGGAGAGCUUCGAGGAACUGCGUGAGAAGUACAGAAGUAUGGGCGUUUGGAAGGGAUCGAUUGUUCUGUUCCAUUAUCUGCCCGGCGCCGAUGAGAAAACCUUCGACAUUUGGGCGAUGGAGAAGGACAAUUCAGGUGGGGUUUCGUGGUCGAAGGCAUUGACAAUCGGCCCUGUUUCUGGAAUUGAGAAACCAUUGGUGUUUGUGAGCUCUGAUGAGCUUCUAAUGGAGGCCAAGGACGGGCAGGUGAUAUUGUACAAUGUGAACACCGGGCAGGUGAAAGAGCUUCCAGUGAAAGGGCAUCCGGGCAGAUUCCAUGCCACAGUUUUGUUGAAGAGUUUGGUGUCUGUGAAGGGAGGGAAUAACUUCAGUUUUGAGUUUUAAUGUGUGUUUUGUUGUGUUGUGAAACUUUUGUAUUCAGUUCGUUUGGGUUUAGAUCUGUUGAACCUUUCAGGUUAAUGUUGUAAAGUAAAGCCAAGCUAAUAAUGCGAUUAAAAUCGUUGUUAGCUGUUUUAUUUCCGUUACAGAUCUUUUGUUAUGUAAUUUGCUGAAAUUGUUGCCA